UUCUGUUUUUUUUUUCUUUUCUGUAAUGGCAAAGAUAAAGAAGUCUUCAAUUAUUUAAGACCUGCACGUUAUCUAUAACAACAACUCAUUGACUUAACCCACAAACUACUCUUGUUGUUGGAUGUUACGUUUUGACUCCAUUAAAGCUCUUCUUGGCUUAUAUAUCAUUCAAGCUAACUUCCAAAUUCGAAAAAUCUCUCUCUCUCUUUCAUUCUUUCUUUAAUAUUCGACGGUUGAGAUGAGACGACAAGGUCGGCAACAUGGUCUUGUCAGAACUUACCGGAUUCUUCCACCACCGCUUAACACAAGACCGGUCAACUCUUUGACUUCACCUCAACCUUCUGAGUUAUUAACCACAUUGCCAUCAAAACCAAACAAAGCUCACCGGAAAGUGUGGCCUGGUCAAGUGCAUUGGGUGAGAUCAAACGACAUUGCUUCAUCAAGCUACAAACUGCUGACGUGGCGGGUCAAGACAGAACCUGUUUUGAAUCUCCCUAGUUUCUUGGAUCCUAACCAUUGUGAAGACGAUGUAGAACAAGAAGCUGGAGUUGAAAAGGUGAAGACAGAGAGUAAUGGAGAUAAAAGCGAGAAAGAAGAUGGUGGUGGGUCUCAUAGUUAUGAUGAAAGUAUGAGUUUUUACGAUGUGGGGAUGAUGAUGAUGGAACAUGUGUUAGAUGACAACGAAGAAGAAGAAGAAGAAGAAGAAGAUGGUUGGUGUUUGGUCUAAAAGAAACAACUAAUGAUGUCUCCCUCACUCACAUGGAUCAGCUUUUUCUUUUUCUUUUGUGAAUGUUAAAUUUGAUUAUUUUACAUUAUCUUUUGUGUAAAGUGAAUAGCUUUAACAACAACAAUCCAUUUUCAAGAUUAAGAUCAGAUCAAA